UGGAUACUGUGCAAGCACAUCUUUACCUCAACUUCCUCUGUCUAAAUAGGUCACCUUACAUUGGCAGGUGUCUGUGGGUUUUACAUGAAAAACUAACACGAUAUUUGCCCAACACUGUUGAAAUCAAUACACUUACAAAACCGAAACAUAAUAAUACAGGCGUCAUGGUCACCACAUAUUAAACACCACGCUCCAUUACAUCUCACUUAGACAAAUCUAUAUCAGCCCUAAGACCUCUGACAUUUACACUGGGUAUACCCCUGUGACCCCAUUUUAAAAUCCCGAUUGAAGUCAUAAAGCAAACUGGAAAUUAACAUAAUUUUGUCACGCAAGACAUUUUGAGCGAAAGAAUUCUGCGUCUCUGUCACUGUGUCUCUUCAAUGAGUGGAGUAGGUGUGUGUUUGUGAAGUUGUCACUGAACAAAGCUUCGCCAGCUCUUCUCCCACUCACUUCGCAACCCACAAGCGCAGAGAAGAACAUCUGCUCUCACUGUGAUCCAUCAAACCUGCUGAAUUAACAAACCAUGGCCACUCAAUCAUCUCCAUCAAAUGAAAGUAUCUCCAACCAAACCUGCAACGUGUUCACCUACAAGGAAUCAGCACGGAUUCUCUUUCCCAUCUUCUACAUUAUCGUGCUCGUCGUCAGUGUCUCAGGCAACAGCCUGGUCCUGUACAUCACUAGCCAGAAGAAGAAGAAGUUCAACUCCACCACACUGUACCUGAUCAACCUGGCAAUCUCUGAUACCCUCUUCACUCUUGCUCUUCCCGGUCGGAUCACCUACUACAUCCGUGGUUUUGACUGGCCCUUCGGAGAUCAUCUCUGCAGGCUCACUGCUUUUAUCUUCUAUUCAAACACCUACACGGGCAUCGCAUUCAUGACCUGCAUCAGUGCUGACCGCUACCUGGCCAUGGUGCAUCCACACAGGUGUCUGAAGCUGAGGAGUCUGAAAGUGGUACGAGGCAUCUGCAUUCUGGUCUGGGCAAUUGUUUUCCUGGAGACAUCUCCUAUGCUCUUCAGGAGCAUGAUUAAUGAGUGGGAAGGUCAGCAAACAUGCAUGGAGUACUCCAACUUGGAUGAAUCUCCUAAAACCCCAUAUGUGCUUUUGCUUGCCUGUGUUAUUGGGUUCUGCCUGCCCUUGGGACUUAUCCUUGGCUGCUACUGCCAGAUCAAUUCCAAGCUUUCCAAGAUGGCCAAGGAGAACCCCAUGACCGGCAAGUCAGGAAAAAGUAGCAGGGCCAAGAACAUAAUAUUGUUGAUUUUGCUGAGCUUCAUGUUGUGCUUCUGCCCCUACCACAUCAAUAUCAUGCAGUUCAUGGUGCGCAGACUUCUCCAUAAGCCUUCUUGUGAGGAACAGAAGGUCUUCAAGAUGUCUCUUCAGAUCACUGUAUCCAUGAUGAACCUCAACUGCUGCCUGGAUCCAGUCAUCUACUUUUUUGCAAUUAAGACAUACAAGCAGAGAGUAAUGAGCCUUUUUAAGGGCUACAUGCCCGCGUCACUUUCCUCGAAGAACGUGCCCGAUUACAGCACCAGCAACACUUGAAAGCAUCUAUUUGAUCUAUCUGAGUAACUAGAUGAUUGAAAACUGAUGUUGAACUAUUGAAAUCCAACAAUCUGAAAAAAAAGAAAAAGAUUUUUUAAAAAAAACAAAACAAAACAAUUUUGAUAAAAAAAUUAUUUACGAAUGAUUCCUCCAAUAUUUUGUAAUGAAUUGGCAUCAUUGUCAACAUGCUGAUAAUCAAUCACAUUCAGCUAACUGAUGUAUUUUAUCCAACUGAAUAUCAUUUCACCGUCUUUGAAUCAAUUCUCCUUCAUUUCCUGUCGGUCUGUUUUAAAAUCCACGAUCACCAUAGUAUUAAGAUUCUGAUAAAUUGUCCACUGAGGACACAAAUGUAUGCUUAUAAUCUUUAUCCCGUGAUUUCUUUUCUGGAAACCAUUGUUUAGAGACGUACAGGAGAAACCAUGACUAAGGGACUGUAAAUCGAUCACUGUUAGCGUGUGAAUGAUUAAACACAUUGCUAUUUAGAAGGUCGUUUAAAGACUUUAAUCUUCUCUGAAAAAUAGAUAUGGAAAGGAUAUGAAACGUUGUCCAAACAACAACAACAACAACAACAACAACAACAAAAAAGCUUUUAUUGAUACACAGCACGCUCAGCUUAUAUAUUCCUACUAUGUGCAGCUAUACUAUACCCCCACCAGCAGAGGUGAAAGUAUAUGAAUAAUGGGGUCAAAACCUUAUUCGAUUAAAAGCAGACGUAUCCAGCAAAAAAUUCCCUUUUUUUUGUUGAAAGUUGAAAGCCAAAUACGUUUCCACUUUUCAUUUUACUUUACAGUAUUAAAGCUGAAAAAGUCACUGAUUAAGCUGUGAAGUUAAGUAGGUCAUACAACAGAUGAUGAAUUGACACGAUUCUUGAUAUUUUUUAAUUUAAUUGAAUGCUUUAAAUAGAAAUUUACACACACACGCAAAAAAAAACAAACAAACAAACAAUUUUUUAAUGUUCAGGGGCUCAUUUGACUGAUAUACAGCAUACUGUAUAGUCACUGGCUGGAUGCUGGAUGAGCGAAGAGACCUUCAAGGUUUGUAACGGGUACUUUGAAGGUUUAAAUAAAUUAAAAAAAUUAAGCAGUAUGUUUGUUUUCUUCUUCUUCUUGGAAUUGUAAUUAAGUAAGAGUACAACAUAUUUCAUAUUCAUAAAUAUGCCCAAAAUAAUGCUUAAGUAUAGUGAAGAAGUUCACUAUACAGUUACUCAAGUGUUUUCCACUCCUGCCUCUAUCAGCAGAAAUCAGUGCCUGUCCUGAGAGGUGCUGAAUCGACUUGCUUUCGCCAUGCAGUGAAGGAACAGUAACCAAGAUACUUUUAAUUUCUUAUGCGUUUCUUUUCUUUUUUUUUUUUUUUUUGUCAUUGUCUUCUAAAUCAUACAUGUGACAUUUUACUACUGUAUGAAUAAUUAACAUUUCCUGACAUUUCAGAAACAGCAUAUGAAAAAAAAAAAAGCUGAUUUUACUGGUACUAUGAGAGAUGGAGAAAUACACCCUUCUCCAAAGCUUCAGCAAAGCCAGUCGGUCUUCAUCUGGAUCAGUGGAUCAGUGGAUCAGUAAACUGUGAAUAGGUUCAAAUUUUAAAUGUGCCAUGAACCAGUGCUUUAAUUUCUGCAUUUAAAAAAAAAAAAAAAAAAAGGUUUUCUUUCUGUACACCUUUUUAGCGAUGCUUGCAACUGUAGUAAAUAAAUAAAUAAAUAAAUAAAUAAAUAAACCAUGUACAUUGUAACAUAUCAAAAUGAUUAAAGCUGAUAGCUUGAAUGUUGUUUGCGCAUUUUGCUGGAGUUAAGCUGCAUUCUGAAUAAACAGUUUGAUCAUG